ACCAGCUGUUGCUCUCUGUCUCAGAGAUCUUUGGACUCUGCCCAGGACGGGCUCACACCCUAUUCCAGGAAACUAGGAGCCAACACAGGUUGCCUGGGGCAGCCUAGGGCUCCUCUACUCAACCUGGCUCCCAGAGUCCUCCAAAACAGGCCUGCGGGACCCUCUCCAUCCACCAGCAGAAGCCUCCUUCCCAUCGCCAGCCUCUGCCCCUUGCCUGCUCCCGUCCAAGAAAGCCCUGGAAGAAGAGGCCAGAGAAGCUGUCCUGUCCUCUUCCUAGUCCUUCCACCUACCCAGCAUUGGCAUUUGGAGACACUAUGGCCUGGACUCACCGGGGCUGCUGCCUCUGGCUUGUCCUGCUCUGUGCUUGCGUCUGGGGUCACCCAAAGCCAAUGGGCCUUGGCAGAAUGGAUGUGAGAAACUGCUCAACCAGUCCUCCAUACCUUCCAGUUACUGCAGUCAAUACCACGGCACAGCUCGCAGCCCUCCGCCAGGAGAUCCAGACCCAGAGUCUCUUUGCCUACAUCAUCCCAGACACGGACGCCCACAUGAGUGAGUACAUCAGCAAAGCUGACGAGAGGCGUGCAUGGAUGACGGGCUUUACAGGGUCUGCAGGGAUUGCAGUGGUGACCAUGAGGAGGGCAGCCCUCUGGACUGACAGCCGCUACUGGACUCAAGCUGAGAGGCAGAUGGACUGCAAUUGGGAGCUCCAUAAGGAAGUUGGCACCACUCUCAUUGUCACCUGGCUCCUCUCAGAGGUUCCUGCUGGAGGGCGUGUGGGCUUUGACCCCUUCCUCUUCUCCAUUGACUCCUGGGAGAGGUAUAACACAGCCUUCCAAGGCUCUGACUUACAACUGGUGUCCAUCAUGACCAACCUUGUAGACGUGGUAUGGGGAUCGGAGAGGCCCCUGAUUCCAAGCCAAUCCAUCUAUGCCCUGCAGGAGGAGUUCACAGGGAACACUUGGCAGCAGAAAGUAUCCGACAUCCGAAGCCAGAUGCAGAACCAUCCCCAGGCCCCAACUGCCGUCCUGCUGUCAGCGCUAGAUGAGACAGCCUGGCUCUUCAACCUUCGCAGCAAUGACAUCCCCUAUAACCCUUUCUUCUACUCCUACACGCUGCUCACGGACUCCUCCAUCUGGUUGUUUGCAAACAAAAGUCGCUUUCCCUUGGAGACCCUGCAGUACCUGGACUCCAGCUGCACGGGCCCCAUGUGUGUGCAACUCAAGGAUUACAGCCAAGUGCGUGACCACAUCCAGAACUACAUCCUGGGAGACGUGAAGAUCUGGAUUGGGACCAGCUACACCACGUACGGGCUCUAUGAAGUGAUACCUAAGGAGAAACUUCUAGAAGAUAUCUACUCCCCAGUGAUGAUCACCAAGGCAGUGAAGAACCCCAAGGAGCAGGCCCUCCUCAAGGCCACCCAUGUGCGGGACGCGGUGGCGGUGAUCCGGUACUUGGUCUGGCUGGAGAAGCACGUGCCCCAAGGCACCGUGAACGAGUUCUCAGGCGCCGAGCUCGUGGACAAGCUCCGAGGAGAAGAGGAGUUCUCCUCUGGGCCCAGUUUUGAAACCAUCUCGGCCAGCGGUUUGAACGCUGCCCUAGCCCACUACAGCCCAACCAAGGAGGUGUACCGCAAGCUGUCCACAGACGAGAUGUACCUGCUGGAUUCUGGGGGGCAAUACUGGGAUGGAACCACGGACAUCACCAGAACUGUUCACUGGGGCACCCCCUCUGCUUUCCAAAAGGAGGCAUACACCCGCGUGUUGAUGGGUAACAUCGAUCUCUCCAGGCUCAUCUUUCCUGCCAAUAUAUCAGGGAUAGAGGUGGAGGCCUUUGCCCGCAGAGCCUUGUGGGAGAUUGGGCUCAAUUAUGGUCAUGGGACAGGUCAUGGCAUUGGCAACUUCCUGUGUGUGCAUGAGUGGCCAGUAGGAUUCCAGUACAACAACAUUGACAUGACCAAGGGCAUGUUCACUUCCAUUGAACCUGGUUACUAUAAGGAUGGAGAAUUUGGGAUCCGUAUUGAAGAUGUGGCCCUGGUGGUAGAGGCAAAGACCAAGUACCCAGGGGCCUACCUGACCUUUGAAGUGGUGUCCUUGGUGCCCUAUGACCGGAACCUCAUUGAUGUCAGCCUGCUGUCCCCUGAACAUCUGCAGUACCUGAACCACUACUACCAGACCAUCCGCGAGAAGGUGGGCCCGGAGCUGCAGCGGCGCCAGCUACUGGAGGAGCUGGCAUGGCUGCAGAAGCACACGGAGCCCCUAUCCGCCAGGGCCCCGGGCACCAGCCCCUUGGCCUCAGUGUUGGCAGCCUCCACCCUUGCCAUCCUCGGCUGGAGGGCCUAGUGGGUCCAGAAUCCCCUGCCGGUCCUCCGCCUGGAUGUGGGGCUCACUCAUGUGGCUCCCCUUGGCCUGCACCACACAAGUCCUGAGAGGCCCUGUUGGCCCAUCACCUAGAAACCACAGCCCUCAGCCUCCUUCUCCAGGACCAGGCCCUAGGGAUGCAGGGCUCCUUGAUCCCAGGCAGGACCUACCUGAAACUGAGCAGGUGAGAUAGGAGUUAGGCCCCACUUACAGGUAGAUAGGAUAAGGGCCCCAAAAAGAAGUCACUGUGUUUGUCUUUUUAAUGAAGUCUCUGUGUUUUUCCUCUCUGGUCUGGUUAAUAUACAAUAUACACCCUUUUUACAUAUCUCUAAGGAAUUUAUGACUCCUUGCCGCCAAGGUGGGAGAUAGGGAUAUAGAGCCACAGACAGGGUAAGGUCAAGAUGGAGUCAUAGUGGCUAAGUUUUCAUAGCCAAGAGCUGGUUGCAUUGGGACUCAAAGCAACUAUUGCUAAGGGCGACAGUUUCUUUUUGGUAAGUAUAUUCUAACAAGAGGUACAGAACACUAUGGUCUGCUAACCCCAUGAAGAAUAGGGUAGUAAAUCAAACUACCAUGUAACUGUUAUCUAAAGUCCACUUCCUUAUCAGGAAGCCAGCCCAUUGCUCAGCCUGCUAGAUAAAAGCCCCUUGCCUCCACUCCUUUAAGGGAACCCAUUCAAGACCCCUCCCUCCUUGGGAGCUCUGUUCUUCCUUCCCCCUCUUAAUAAAUUCCACUUUGUUAUCCCCUCA